UACAGAAGCUGUCAUGCAGCAAGCAGCACUUUUGAAUGAAAUGAUCAAGAAAGAAAGACGUUAUCAGAAGCUGUACACAACGUUCAUUAUUAAUCCUCAUAAGAAAGGAUGUUUUUUGGCUGGAAAACCAAAUACUAUUGACACACAUCUUGAAGGAAAACUCGAUGAUGGCUUAUUAGAUACUAUUACAUCAAUUAACAAAACUCCUUGCGAGAAGUAUGACUGGCCAGUAACUGAAAGCCAAACAAUUGGGUGGUUUAGUAAACCUCUUGUAAAAUCAAAUAUGUGUGACGUACAGGUCUAAUGCGUUCUCUGAUAUGCCUCUACCGUAGACUGCAGUUUCAUCUAUUCAAGGCUCAUCAGCACAGCUUGGGUGUCAGCAAACCAAAGAAAUACAGUUAGGCCUCUAAUAAUGGUGAUGUUCAUAUAAUAGUUAUGAAGUUUUAAGUCUAUUUUAAUCAGCAUAUGACCUAAAUUAAUUCGUAAUUCAAUAUCAUACAGUAGACCAACUGUUUAAUGAUUAUAUUAUAUAUUAUUCUUUACACCAAAGGUAAAUUGAAAAUAUAAUAUGUGAUGUAGAGGCCUAAUGCAUUCUUUGAUUUGCAGCACCCUCAAUUACAUAUAUUUCAAGUAGUUUUGAACUGACCAAUUAGCUAUAAAUGUUUUUAUGCAUUUUCCAUAUAAGGUAAAGAAAAAGCAGCAUAUUCAUUUCCAAAAUUGUUUUUCUUUUAGGUGUUAGACUUGAUCUUAAUAUAAACAUGAUUAGUUUUAGGAUUGGAAGAGUUAAAAACUGCUUAGCUAGUCCCAAAAACCUAGGUUUUAUUUAAAAAGAUAAUUAGUUAGACUAGAUGAUCUUGAUUUUAAGUGUAGAUAUUCAAUAAACAUACAUUUCAUUUCAACUUUAGAAUUUGGACUUAAGGCUACAUAGAUUAAAUUCUACUGCUAAUGCUUGGCCUUUGAAACCAGAUAAAUAAAUUGUUUAGGGAAUGUUUCAUUGUGAUUCUUGUCAUCUUUGGCUUUUGAAACCAGGUAAAGAAAGUGUUUAGCAAAUGUUUCAUUGUGAGUUUAAAGAUGACAAGAAGUUAUCUAUUAAUCAA